AUACCCAAUAAUAUUCAACCUAGCUUAUUUUCUUCCUAAAAAUUAAAUCUUGAAAAAAAAAAUGGAGAGUAGCUCGUUUUUUGUAGAGAAAAAGCUAAAAAUAUUUGGGUUUGAGCUUGAUCCUAACAAAAAUCAUAAUGAAGGAGAAGAAAGCACAAAUUCUUCAAACACAAUAUCUUCAAAUAAUACAAAUUCUUCAUGUAAAACCAUCAAUAAUAAAGAAAAAAAUGAUUUUAAUACAUGUAAUAAUAAUAAUAUAGAGGUUGAACAAAAGAAAUUUGAAUGUCAAUAUUGUUACAAGGAAUUUGCAAAUUCUCAAGCAUUAGGAGGCCAUCAAAAUGCUCAUAAAAAAGAGAGAAUGAAGAAGAAAAGACUUCAACUACAAGCAAGAAGAGCAAGUAUCAAUUUUUACUUACAGCCUUAUCAUCAAAGUCUUAAAAAUAGUUCAUCAGGUAAUUCUCUGUGGUACUUUGAUCCUUCUUACUAUGCACCAGCAGAUCAAUUUGGCGUUUAUGAAGAAUCCCAGAUUAGUUUUGGGCCAUUUGAUCAAGAUCAUUGUAAUCAGACGGCUGCUUUUCAACAGUUUACACUUACACAUGCUGAAAAGUGUUCUUCAGAAAGUAGGCCUGUUAUAGUUAAGCCACCAGGUUCUUCUUUGGCUGUUGCGAAACAAAGCUGUAAAUCUAUAGAUCGUCAAUUAGAGCUUAGAUUAGAUUCUAAUUUUAUUUAAAGCCAUACAACUCGUGAUGUGUGUUGAACCAAAUCAGCUAGCAAUUCGAUCAACUGUGUUAAAUGUUACACAAAUUCAAUAUUAAUCAGAGUUGGUUACCAUAUUUGAAUAUUUAGUAUUAUUUUUAAUUAU